UCGCUGGUGUGGUAUUUCUGUUUACCGCCCUCGAAAUGAAUGCGUUAUUUAAAGGGACUGGUGUGCGCGCCGACUCCUCCUGCCAUAAGCAGACGAACAGUAGCCACCACUCAAGGUUUAAACCGGCUCAGUUGGCAGACUGUCAGAUUUGCAGGAGAGGAUUUUUUUUUUGGCUAAUUUAAUCGGAGCACAUUAUCGGGGGGAGGGGGUCGGAGAAGGACUCCCAACCAAAAAUACCAGCAACAUCGUUAGCUUUCGAGGGCUACAGCGGCCUAGCGUGUGUAAUAAACGGUGAAAAUGAGUGACCCCAGCGCCAAGGGCAACCAGGCCGCCUCUCAGAAAGACAAGGGUGGAGCCGAGAAGAGGGGGCGAGGGAGACCCCGAAAACAGCCCAAGGAGCCCAGUGGGUCCCCAACCCCAAAGAGGCCCAGGGGCAGGCCGAAGGGCAGCAAAAACAAGACCGCCGGCAAGAGCAAAAAAGCCACCGGGACUCCAGCGGAGAAGCGCAGGGGGAGACCUAAGAAGGAGGAGAAAGAGGAGCAGGGAAACAAGGAGUCUUCUGACGAAGAGGAGGAGGAGGCCGAAGAUCAGUAGUGGGCAGUUACUACCUCAUCAUUCAUUAUGCUGACUUCCUGUCGACUACAACUGGACUGAAGCACCAAAUCUGUCACCCACCCACCCCACCCCUUCCCCAACCCCACCACCAUCCGGUUCUCAGCCCCAUACACCCUCUACCUCAGAGAGGGCGGUGUGGAGGUCAUGCCAGAUACUUGCAAUGGCACUGGAAUGAAAUUUUAUAUCUAUAUAUAUAUAUAAAUAUAAAUAUAUGUAUGUAUGUGACAUAUAUACAUAUAUAUGUGUGUGUGAGUGAUUAUAGUCUGCAUAUCCAUAUUUAUGUAUCUAAAGGAAAGUGGAAAGAAUAGCGACUGCCCGUUCCAUUUUCUGACGGGUUUUGAAAUUCACAAACGGUGGUCUUUUGUACUGGACAAAUUUACAAUUUAAAUUUUUUAUUUUUCUCCCUCUUUUUUUUUUUUUUUUUUGCGUGUAUGCGUGUUGCGUGGCAGUAGGAGAGAGAUCACUCUCUUGUGCCCACCUGAGUUGGGUUGGCGGUGUAUUAGUGUAGUGUAGUGUAGUGUUAGGAGUGCUCCCGCCCUGUCUCACAGUGUACUGUUUUUGUAGGUGUUGGCUUUUUUUUCCCACGUUGUGUAGCUCCCCCGCCUCCUGCUCCCUUCUGCCCAGUUAUGGUCCGUGUGGCUGUGUACGACAGUGGCAUCUGCUAUCUUUUUAACGGGGGCCCUCGUGAUCCCGGCAGUCUGGUUUGAAAAAAGUGUGCUGAACAGAAACAUUCCCAGGGUAAGCUUUUGUGGUGCUUUAGCCGUAGGUUAACUCCUCAACAACCAAACCUUCUGCCGUUCAUUUUUAAAAAGCUUUCAGGCUAGGUCUUAUCUGUAUCACAUUGUUGUUUUAAAUCAAGGUCUGUACCGACCGGGGACUGUUUGUGUACUCGUGUUCAGUGUGGUGAUGCUGCUAUUUGCUGUUUAACAGACAGGGGGCGCUCUGUCCUCCGGUGUCCAUCUCUCUCUCUGUUGAUCGUGUGGUCCAAGCUCCAACAGACGUCCAUGUGUAUUGGGUACAUUUCCCCCCCCCCCCCCCCCCAACACCGGUCCAGGAGUGUCCAACCCACGGUACUUGCCAACCUCAACCGUCAUUAGCACAACUCGCAUUCAAAACGGUGUGCUAUAGCCGACGGCAUCGUUGAGGGGCGUUGAGUGACCCGUCCGCAUUUGACAGGAAAACGGUUCACAGAAACGACUUAGCGGACUGGCGAAGCUUGAUCAAUCACGAGAACGCGGAGAAGGGUGGAUGGCUGUUUCCAUGCAAUGGCAGACGGUCCUGGGAGAGUUUUUUUUUUUUUUUUUAAACCAGGAAUGCUGCUUUUCGAAAAUUGUUUUUUCAGUGUGUUGUACUUUUG